CGUGACACAGCUUUGCCCAAGUGGAGUCCCAGGAUGAUAAACAGCGCACAGCAUUAGCUGUUUGUACAAGAUUAGGCAGCACACAGCUUAGUUCAAGCGUUACUUAAACUCUCUCUCGCUGCUUCCUCUUCCUGCAGUCAGUGAACUCAGUUCUCCUGGGACUGAUUCUAAUGGCUUCAUGUCUAGUGAUGGCGUAGUGUAAUGCUGCUAGUUGGUUCCUGGGUGCACCUAAAACAUUUUUUUUUAGAAAAACUACUUCAUCAGGAGAUGGGAACUUUGAGAUUUUACAUACUGCUGCUCCCGUUGUUGUUUGGGUCCAUCCACAGAGGGAUAUCUCAGUUUCCUGAGUGGAAUGGAGAGCUGGAAGGUAGUGGUGAGAUAAUAUUGAUUUCCCAGCCGAAUUUCAUAGAUGACACAUACUGGUCUGGGUCAGCCCCGCUUUGUUUAGGAGGUUGUAAGGCGCGGCACCGGGAGCUGAGGAGAGAUCGCUGUGGAGACUCUAGCUGCUGCUGGCUCGGCUACAAAUCCUUGUGCAGAGUGAACUGUGGAAGGCCAGAUGUGGACUACAAUGGAGUAGUGUAUGGUAAUGACUGGUGGGUGGAAUCUGUGGUGAGGUACACCUGCCGCUCAGGAUUCAGGCUUAUUGGAAACUCUACCAGAUCGUGUCAGCCUAAUGGCCUCUGGACUCCGAAACCUAUCUGCCUACGAAUGUGUAAGCAGGGGCAGAUUGAAAUCAGCGAGAGUGAACUGAGUGGGACAUGCAACUCCACCUGCGUGGGUAAGAGCUACUUCGGCCCACCCAAACGAGGCUGCACUCAGCUAGACAACUGCAGGAAGAAGGAGACCGGCUGGAAACGGUUCUUUGCACAAUGUGUCCCUUGCAUUUGUGACUGCGCUUUCUCGUGUGUGUCUGCAGGCUAAAACACAGAGAACGCAUGCUUACAGUGCAACAAGGCUGCAGACAAAGAGGAGACACAGACCGGCUGUAGAGCAAAGAGUCACGCUGCAUUUCUGCUGCUUCAUCCAAUUUUAAGAACAAAUCUGGGUGUUUAAGGACAAUAAUUUAAUCUCUCUGGCACACACUCCAACCCUGGCUGCCUGCUUUCUGUAUGUAAAGGAUUACAUGGCAAGAACAAAUCCUUCUGGCACGCCAGUGUUAAGUCACUCUUUAGGAUGCAAAGCGGCGAGAGGGUCAGAAAACAAAAGGGAGGACAAAUUUAGUGAAAGGCGCCUGAGAGGUUUAGAUUAGAUUCAAGUUCAGCAAUUAUUUGAAAUAGAAAGCGACUUUGGCUGAUUUUAAACCCCAUUUUUGGGCUUUUCAACAUCAUUUCCUGUCCAGAUAUAUAUCACAUACUGUAUUUAGCUUGGAUGUCUGCAAACACGUGCGCAUCUUUACUUUCCUCAGAUAAGGAAGGGAAUCAGAGAAACAAGAAAGAGGGAAGUGAAGCCAAAGAGAUUGGCAUCUUGUCUCUCCUCUCAGCCCAUCUGUCGUGGAAGGAGCUGAGACCUUAAGCUUGUUAUAAGAUGUUUUUUCAGGGGUCAGAGUUAACAGAGAGAGUGAUGUAGAACUUAUCUGUUAACAGCAUUUAUACUUUAGGUGUCAUGCUGUGUGUACUUUUAUUUUCAAGUUAUUUAUUGAGUAAUGUAUAUCACAAGCCAAUUGUAUGAAUGUGAAAUUAAUUAAAAACUACUCAUGUCUUUGAAAUCAAAGGUUUAACAUUUAAAGCGUAACUCAGAUCAUUUCUGAGCCCCGCAGACCUGAAGCAGAGCUUUACAGAUGGCACUAAUAAUAUUCUGAUUAUAUUAUCAGUCAUCCCCCGUGUCCAUUAUCCCGUCGCUCCUCACAAAACAACUACUGAGCAACACGCUUCCAGGCAGGCCUGUGACACUUCAUAUAGUUCUAAAUUAAAAAAUGGUAAGAAGUAGUGUGGAGAAAGUCGCUAAUCAAAGAUUUUCAAAAGAUAUAUGACAAAAUAUUUAAUAUUUAAAUAUUUAAAUUUUGACCUCUGCUCCCAUUUAAUGGCUUAUACUUAGACUUCAGAACUUUUUCCCUCUGUCUUUUUUUUUUACUCAACUAAAAUGGAUUUCAUUUUGAAAACGAAAAACAGACUCAAAAUGUGUUUUUUUCUGUCAUUGCCUUUAAUAAACGACAUUACAGGUUAAACCACUAGAUGUCGCUGUUUUGUCACAAAGUGCAUCACCGGUGUGAGAUUUAGGACUGAUUCCCUUCCACAUGUGAUCCUGAGGAGUUACUGCUCAGCGUGCAUCACUGUUGAGGA